AUGACCCGCGCAACCCGUUUCGCCGCUUACCUGGCCCCCUUGGUCGUCUACUACCUCCUUGCUCUGCUCGGGAUCGUCAACAUCCCUUUCAUGUCGCAAGAAGCCUCCGACGCUCUCGUACCCGUUCUACCGUUCUGGGUACUCGUAACAUUCGGAGCUUACUCGCUAGGAUCACUAGGAUUGGGACUGGUCAGGUUCCGAGAUUGCCCAGAAGCUUACCGGUCGCUCAUGCUGGAAAUCUCGCAAGCAAAAGACGACCUCCGAAGCAAAGGGGUGACGGUAGACUAG